AUGGUUAUCAUCGAUAGUGUUCGUUUUUAUCGUCCCUUCUGGCUCUGCAUGCGAGUGCUAGUACCGACAUUCUUCAAGGAGUCAAGGAGUCUUCAAGCAGGCCCCAUCCAGCUUUAUGUGGCGGCGCUGCAUGUCCUGGUCACCUUAUGGUUCCCACUGCACCUUCUGCUGCAUCUUCUGUUGCAUCCUUCUGCGGCUGAACUCUUGAAGAACCUGUCCAUGUCUUUAACCUGCCUUGCCUGCAGUCUGAAGCAUGUGGCCCACCUGUAUCACUUGCCUGAGAUUGUGGAGAUCGAAUCUCUGAUCGGACAGCUGGAUACGUUCGUAUCGAGCGAACAGGAGCAUCGAUACUACCAGGAUCACGUGCACUGUCAUGCGAAGCGCUUUACGCGAUGUCUCUACAAAAGUUUUGGUAUGGUGUACGUGUUAUUCUUAUUAGGUAUUUUCGUUCAGAUCAUUAACGGAAACUGGGAGCUCAUAUACCCCGCAUAUUUCCCUUUUGACUUGGAGAGGAAUCAAUGGAUGGCUGCAUCGGCCUUGGGCUAUCAGGUUAUCAGCAUGCUUGUCGAAGGCUUUCAGGGUCUGGGAAACGACACCUACACCCCGUUGACCUUGUGUCUUCUAAGCGGACACCUCCAUUUGUGGUCCAUUCGAAUGGCUCAACUCGGAUUCCUCGAGGACGAAACUACCAGUAAUCAUGAGCGAUUGCUGGAAUACAUUGAGCAGCAUAAGCUCUUGGUCAGGUUCCACAGCCUGGUGGCUCAGACCGUCAGCGAGGUGCAGCUGUUCCAGUUGGGUGGCUGUGGCGCCACCCUGUGCAUCACCGUGACCUACGUGCUCUUCUUUGUGAGCGACACCAUCUCGCUGGUCUACUACUUGGUCUUCUUCGGGGUGGUCUGCAUGCAGCUCUUCCCCAGCUGCUACUUUGCCAGCGAGGUGGCCGAGGAGGUGCAGAGCCUGCCGUAUGCGAUCUUCUCCAGCAGGUGGUACGAUCAGUCCCGGGAACAUCGGUUCGAUCUGCUCCUCUUCACCCAAUUGACCUUGGGGUCCAGGGGGCGAGUCAUAAAGGCGGGCGGACUCAUCGAGCUGAAUUUAAAUGCCUUCUUCGCCACUCUGAAGAUGGCCUACUCCCUGUUCGCCGUUGUGGUGCGGGUGAAGGGUAUAUAG